AAGAGCACAAAGUGGGGGGAUUCCUCAGAAGGUUGGCCCUGCUCCCAGAGAUCUCUGCCCCCCCUUCCACGGCGGCCCCCCACCCGCGCAGUUGUUCGUUCUUGAAUGCAUUAGUGACAGAAGUUACCGCUUGGAACUUUUAUGUUUGCCCCCUGGCUGAGUGUGCACCUCAUCUCGUGGAGAACUGGCUUGAACCUGAGCGGUUGUUGGUGCUCUGACCCGGCACCUACCAGGUCAGAUAGCGGUGGUACCUGUCGUGUUGUUUGGGUUUUUUUUUUUUUUUUUGCUUUGUAGCUGUGAGUCCGGCAUCGUGGAAUAUAAGCCCCUAAGGGCCAGGUGCAGUAUUAAUUCCCUUUUGCGCUGUCCUCCAUUUCCUGGAGAAUGGCGCUGUCCAAGAGGGAGCUGGAUGAGCUGAAACCAUGGAUAGAAAAGACAGUGAAGAGGGUGCUGGGUUUCUCAGAGCCCACGGUUGUCACAGCAGCACUGAACUGUGUGGGGAAGGGCAUGGACAAGAAGAAGGCUGCUGACCAUCUGAAACCUUUUCUUGAUGAUUCUACUCUUCGAUUUGUGGACAAAUUGUUUGAGGCUGUGGAGGAAGGCCGGAGCUCUAGGCAUUCCAAGUCUAGCAGUGACAGGAGCAGAAAAAGAGAACUAAAGGAAGUGUUUGGUGAUGACUCUGAGAUUUCCAAGGAAUCAUCAGGAGUAAAAAAGCGACGGAUACCCCGUUUUGAGGAGGUGGAAGAGGAACCAGAAGUGAUCCCUGGGCCUCCAUCAGAGAGUCCUGGCAUGCUCACUAAGCUCCAGAUCAAACAGAUGAUGGAGGCAGCAACACGGCAAAUAGAGGAGAGGAAGAAACAACUGAGUUUCAUUAGCCCUCCUGCACCUCAGCCAAAAACUCCCUCUUCCUCCCAACCAGAACGACUUCCAAUUGGCAACACUAUUCAGCCCUCCCAGGCUGCCACUUUCAUGAAUGAUGCCAUUGAAAAGGCAAGGAAAGCAGCUGAAUUACAAGCCCGUAUCCAAGCCCAGCUAGCACUGAAGCCAGGGCUCAUUGGUAAUGCCAAUAUGGUGGGCCUGGCCAAUCUCCAUGCCAUGGGCAUUGCUCCCCCGAAGGUGGAAUUAAAAGAUCAAACUAAACCUACACCGCUAAUCCUCGACGAGCAAGGUCGCACUGUGGAUGCAACAGGCAAGGAGAUUGAGCUGACACACCGCAUGCCCACUCUGAAAGCCAAUAUUCGUGCUGUGAAAAGAGAACAGUUUAAGCAACAGCUAAAAGAAAAGCCAUCAGAAGAUAUGGAAUCUAAUACUUUUUUUGACCCCCGAGUCUCAAUUGCCCCUUCUCAGCGCCAGAGACGUACUUUUAAAUUCCAUGACAAGGGCAAAUUUGAGAAGAUUGCCCAGCGUUUACGGACAAAGGCUCAAUUGGAGAAGCUGCAGGCAGAGAUCUCCCAGGCAGCUAGAAAAACAGGCAUCCAUACCACAACGAGGCUCGCCCUCAUUGCUCCUAAGAAGGAGUUAAAGGAAGGAGAUAUCCCUGAAAUCGAGUGGUGGGACUCCUACAUCAUCCCCAAUGGGUUUGACCUUACAGAGCAAAAUCCUAAGAGAGAAGAUUAUUUUGGAAUCACGAAUCUUGUUGAACAUCCAGCCCAACUCAACCCUCCAGUUGACAGUGACACGCCAGUUACUCUGGGAGUAUAUCUUACCAAGAAGGAACAGAAGAAACUGCGAAGGCAAACGAGGAGGGAAGCACAGAAGGAGCUACAGGAGAAAGUCAGGCUGGGUCUCAUGCCCCCACCGGAACCCAAAGUGAGAAUUUCAAAUUUGAUGCGAGUAUUAGGAACAGAAGCUGUUCAAGACCCCACGAAGGUAGAAGCGCAUGUCAGAGCUCAGAUGGCAAAAAGACAGAAAGCGCAUGAAGAGGCCAACGCUGCCCGAAAACUUACAGCAGAACAGAGAAAGGUCAAGAAAAUUAAAAAGCUUAAAGAAGAUAUUUCACAGGGGGUACACAUAUCUGUAUAUAGAGUUCGAAAUUUGAGCAACCCAGCCAAGAAGUUCAAGAUUGAGGCCAAUGCUGGGCAGCUGUACCUGACAGGGGUGGUGGUACUGCACAAGGAUGUCAACGUGGUAGUAGUGGAAGGGGGCCCCAAGGCCCAGAAGAAAUUUAAGCGACUUAUGCUGCAUCGGAUAAAGUGGGAUGAACAGACAUCUAACACAAAGGGAGAUGAUGAUGAGGAAUCUGAUGAGGAAGCUGUGAAGAAAACCAACAAAUGUGUGCUAGUCUGGGAGGGUACGGCCAAAGACCGGAGCUUUGGAGACAUGAAGUUCAAACAGUGCCCCACAGAGAACAUGGCUCGGGAGCAUUUCAAAAAGCACGGCGCCGAACACUACUGGGACCUUGCACUGAGUGAAUCUGUGCUGGAGUGCACUGACUGAGGCUGCCGCGGCCCCGGCCUCUCCCCUCUUGCCUGUGUCUCCUUGGUCCUCUCCUUUACUCUACUUCCCAGCCCCGUUUGUGUGUGUGCUCUCAGAACUGUGCCGGGCUGGCAUCGGGCAGGGGCUCUCCUUGCCCCUUCCCUAGACAGCCUGGUGCUGCCCUUUAUUCCCCUUAUGUGCAUAUGAUUAAAGAGUUAUUUUUAAACUUGGUAUGCUAUUUUUCACAUACUCGGAAGUA